AUGUGGAAGUAUCCAUUGAGGGUGAACAGCAAGAGGAAGAGUACGAAUCAUCGUAGAAUAAUGAAAGUUAUUCUUAAAACAGGCUUUAACUGCCACAAACCAUUCAUGUUAAAUAAAGAUAAGGUGCAGCUGACGAUCGGGCUGUUGAAGAGUCAUAAAGACGAGAAAGAAGUCUCAUUUUCGUCUCGUGGAUUAUCCUUAAAGGCAACGAGAGUUCAAACUCAUUCCCUUAUGGUUGAACCACGCUUAAAACCACCAUUGGCGUUGUACGAAAAAACGGCAUAA